UAUAUUUUUAGUCUCAUGAUGUGAGAGUUGGUAUUAACUGCUUAUUCGGUUUUUAAUGUCAAGUUUGUAUCUCUGAAAAUGGCAAGAGAGCUAAAUAAUAAAGUUGUCGUAAUAACGGGAGGUGCGGCUGGUAUCGGAUGCGAGAUAGCAAGAAGAUAUUUACAAAGAGGUGCUAAGGUCACUAUAAUUCUUGACAUUGACGAAAUACAAGGACAAGAGACCGCGAGGAAUCUCUGCACAAAAUACGGUGCUAAUAGAGCAAUUUUUAUGAAAUGCGAUGUCACUACGGAUUUAGAAACGGUUUCAAAGAAAAUCUUCGAAAGUUUUAAGAAUGUUGAUGUACUGGUAAACAACGCUGGUAUAUUAAAUGUCCAAUCGUCGAAAAAUACAAUCGACGUCAAUAUUCAAGCUCUAAUUGAUUGGUCCAUAACAUUUUGGAAUCAUAUGCGGAAAGAGAAAAAUGGUAAAGGAGGUACAAUACUUAAUUUAGCCUCUAUUUAUGGAUAUAGAGUGGAUCCAUAUCUACCCGUCUAUCAAGCUUCGAAGUUCGCUGUUAUGGGUUUUACAAAAUCUCUAGGCCAUCAAUAUAAUUACCGCAGAACAGGAGUCAGAGUUAUUGCUAUAUGUCCUGGCUUCACUGAAACUAAACCAAUAACUGGGUUCAAGACUUGGGACGAUGAAUACAUAGCCGAAGAUUUCUCAAACUUUGUUCAGAAACAGUUAUGGCAAAAAGUGGAUGCGGUCGGCAACGUUGCUGUAGAGGCUUUCGAAAGAGGAAACAGCGGAACUGCGUGGUUAAUAGAAGGAGGUAACCCCAUUGUUGAGGUUUAAUUUAUGUCAAAUAGAUUGUUACUUUACAUUACAUUCAUAAUUUUGCUUACGAUUAUCAUACACCUUUUUAAUGGAACAUAUAAUUACUAUAAAAAAUAUAUUUUUUAAAUGUAUAAACUUCAAUAUUAACUUUUGUACCGAAGGCAGAUUGAAUUGAAAAAAAGAUUAAGACUUUAAAGAAGCAAAACUUUUUUUUAAUUAGAAAUGCAAAUAAGUGGUGGCAAAAAAAAA